AUCAGAAAACGAGUCGGAUUCUGAGGAGGAAAUCGAAGUUAAUUCUAAGAAGUCUAAACUGACUAAUUAAUAACUUGAUAUAAUAUUCUGAACUUUAUCUGUAUACUUAUAUCAGUAUCUUAUAAUGUAGUAAAUUUAUUUCAUAUGUAUUGACAAGUGUAUUAUUCAAAGAAUUUGUGAUGGUUAGAAGAAGUAGAUCAAAGAUAAAGGAUAUGUUAUGAAUUAUAAUCAAUAAAAGAACAUCAGAUCAGUAAAUAUAAACUUUUUGAUAUAACAUGUCUGCAAUGCUAUCAAAUGAAGUCCAAUUACGCUAUAUAAUAGAAUGGUUUCAAGAAUGGUCAGAAAUGCAAAGAAAUGAUUUUUUGGAUGUGCUUUUGGAACAAUGUGGACCCUUGGAUGUUGUUAAUGGACUAGUUUUAAAAAUGGGAACUUUAGGACAUAUGAAUGAAUCUGAUAGACCUCCCAGUCUAUUUCAAUGUCGUGUAAAACUUUUUCGAGAAUGGAGCCAUAACUGGACUCAACAAGAAAAGGAAUCUCUUCUUUUGUCUAUUAAAAAUAUUGAUCCUCUGUUCGCAGAAAAGUAUGAAGAACGUUUGUUGGCUUUAGUAAACGAAGAAAAAAAUGAUAAGUAAACAUUCUAUUAUGAAUAAUGUUUUAUAAGAAUAUAUUAAAAAAAAUGAUACUUCUACCAAAUUAGAAAUAGUUUCAAAGAAUGAAAAAAUUUUGAACAUGAAAACAUAAUCAAAAGUAAAAAAUAUGCUUGAAGUAGUAUAUUCCAAUGUCAGUCUUUAAAUUUGUGAUAUUUAAUAAUAUUGAAUCUGUGAGGUUUAUAUAUACAUUCCAACAUUAUUUUUCGAUAUUCAUUUUUUAAAUAUUUCCCCUUUAUUUAUUUACAAA